UCUUUUCUCUCAGUCUCUCUUGAUAUUCCUUCACCGGAGAAAGAAACCGAAACAGAGAUCAUGGCGUCUCAAACGCAAGACGAAGAAGAAGUCCACCACCGCAAGAAAGAAGACGCACUCGACGAAGAACCGGAGCUUAUUGACCUGAACAUAGAAGCCAAACACGAAGACGAUGACAACAUCGUGGCCUCAGAGUCGUCAGAGACAAGGGAAGCAAAGAGGCAGAAAGUGGAACAAGAAGUCAAAGACGCUAAUCAAGAAGACGAUGACGAGAAGAUCGUGGCCUCUGAGUCGUCAGCGACAAGCCAACAAGAAGUCAAAGAUUCUAUUACGAUGAUGGUGCCUUCAACGACAACACCAAGAAGCUUAACUCAAGAAGAAGCAAAGGCAAAGGAAGAUGAUGCUCGCGCCUCACGCAUGCUUGCGUCUACGAGCAACGACUUAGUCCGACCCGGGCUGGAAAUAAACGAUUACGACGUCGAAGACUCAGAACAAACCUUGACGUUCCUCACCCGAUGGAAAGCUCCGGAGACUCCACCUGAAAAGAUCAUCCACCGCAGCUUAGUCGAGCAAUGCAGCAGACCGAUCCAAAAGCAACUAACGACGAGCGACGUGACACAAAACAAGCUCUCUUUAUCGAACUCGCAAGCGAGGAAGAAGUUUCAGCAGCUUCUUGGCGACGAGUCAGGGAGAAAGGAGAGUGGGUUCACGGUUUACGGACCAGACGGGAAGGUUCAUGAGAUUUGGGUACGUAAGAAGAAGAGGUCGUUUGAUUUGACGAUAGGGUGGUGGACGUUCGUGGAACAGUAUGGGCUCAAGGAGUGUUGCGACUUCGUCACGGUUUGGAUGUUCAGGCACAGUGUCACUCGACGGAUUUGCUUAGCUGUGGAUGUCACAAGGUUUGCGUUCAGGAAACAGGUUAGUAAGAGGAUCUCUCAGGCUGCUUUUCAUGAUUCUGCUUAGAGAGGUUUUCUUUGUGACGUUAAGAGAAAUGUAGAAAGGGAUUUGGGUUUAUAGAUAGACUAUCAAGGAGAUUAAGGGGGUAUUAGAGAUUUGAUUUGGGAGUUUAGUGAGAUAUGGAAC